UUGUUUGGAAAAAUUCAUAACAAAUCCAAAGCAUAACAAUGAGGAUGUGGUGGUUGAUAACAACAUUAGCCAUUAGUGCUUUCAUUUGUAAUUCCCCUGUUUAUGCUUAUGAUAACAACCCUCUACAGGACAUAUGUGUUGCUGUUAACGACUCUCAGGCUGCAGUUUUUGUGAACGGAAAGAUUUGCAAAGACCCAAAGCUUGCAACAGCAGAUGAUUUCUUUUUCUCAGGUCUUAAUGUUAGUGGAAAUGAAUCGACUUUGUUUGGUUUUGCUACAACUCAUGUGGAUAUAAACACCAUGCCUGGACUCAACACUCUUGGUAUAUCUAUUGUUCGUGUUGACUUGGAACCGCAGGGUCUUGUUCCACUUCACACGCACCUUCUAGCUACUGAGUUGAUAACUGUUCUGGAGGGUACUGUUUAUGCUGGAUUUCUUGUACCUGAUCCUGCAAACUUCUUUAAGAGUCGUCUCUUCUCCAAAAUCUUAAAUCCUGGCGAUGUGUUUGUGAUCCCACAAGGUCUAAUCCGCUUUACGAAUAAUUUGGAACACAAAAAAGCUACUUUUCUAGCUAGUUUCAACAGUCAAAAUCCUGAAGCCAUCGCGAUUCCAAGUUCUAUCUUUGCUUCAGAACCACCAAUUAUGGACGACAUUCUUGCCAAAGGCUUCCAGCUUGAUGAGACACAGAUUGCAGAACUUCGAAAGAAAUUCUCUUAGGCUAUAUUAUAUUUAUAUGUCAUUAAAAAUAUGACUCUGUGUGUGUUUUCUGCAAGUUGUUUGCAGCGCACUGCGCUCACCAGAAUCUUAUGAGUGCGUUGGAAUAAAUACUGCCAUUCUGUAACUCCUAAAUAAAGUGGCAAUGUAACUCCUAAAUAAAGUGGCAAUGUAUGUAAUAGUAUCUUUCUUUGCAAUAUAUACUAAUGAAUAAGCAUUGUGUUGGCCAUGCACCUUGUGUAAUCUGAGAGUGAAAUUGACAUG